AUGGAGAAGUACCAAACCCUAGAAAUUGCUCAGAAAAACCCUAACUCCCCAGUCUUCUACCUCUACCUCAAUCGCCCCAACCACCGUAACGCCCUAUCACGCGCCUUCUUCACCGAAUUCCCCAAAGCCCUCUCCUCCCUCGACCAAAACCCCGACGCCAACGUCAUCAUCCUCACCGGCGCCGGAGACCACUUCUGCGCCGGAAUCGACCUCAACAACCUAUCCUCGAUCGCCGCGGAAUCCGUCUCCGGAGACCGCGGCCGCGACGGUGAGAGGCUCCGGCGAGCGAUCAAGCUCAUGCAGGACGCCAUCACCGCCAUCGAGCGGUGCCGGAAGCCGGUGAUCGCCGCCGUCCAAGGCGCGUGCAUCGGCGGUGGGAUCGAUAUUAUCACCGCCUGUGACAUAAGGUACUGCAGCAAGGACGCGUUCUUCUCGGUCAAAGAGGUUGACCUGGCCAUCACCGCCGACCUUGGAACGCUGCAGCGGCUGCCCAGUAUAGUCGGGUACGGCCACGCGCUUGAGCUGGCGUUAACGGGUCGGAGGUUCUCGGGUCAGGAGGCCAAGGAGCUGGGCCUGGUCUCUGGAGUAUUCGGGUCGAAGCAGGAGCUGGAGAACGGCGUACGACUCGUCGCAGAGGGAAUGGCUGCAAAGUCGCCGUUGGCAGUGACGGGGACGAAGGCGGUGUUGCAGAGGAGCAGGGAGAUGAGUGUGGAGCAGGGAUUGGACUACGUCGCCACGUGGAAUUCGGCAAUGCUGUUAUCCGAUGACUUAACGGAAGCGAUUUCUGCUCACAUGCAGAAAAGAAAGCCGGUGUUUGCCAAGCUCUGAUAUUGCAAAUUGUACGCGACGGAUCUUGCUCAUGUGUUGUAUUACCCUAUUUUUAAGCUUCAGCUGAAAUUUUGAAAAUAAUUUGGUACAAACAUGAGGGUCUGUGACUAAAUAUAUGUUCUAAUUCUUGUAAUAAUUUGCUAGUUGGUAUUAUAAACAUGUCGGUGAGAAUUGAACCUAUGGUCGAGCCUAGUUUUUC